GGGGACGUCAAAGGAAACUUUAACCCAUUAGUCCAAUUUUUUCCUUCGCAAAACCCUUUGUCCAACUUUUUGAAAAAUAUAUAAAAAUAAAAGAGCAUUGAAUCACUAGAUUAAUUAAAGUUAUUAAUUUCGUCUUCAAGAAUUGUUAACAAAAAAUCUCCACUUUGACCACUUAAACCAGCUGUAAUUGUUUUGCUUUGGUGACCAAAAAAACACACACUCAUUUUUAUUUUUAUACACCGCGCUCUCUCCCUCUCUCUCCAAUAUACUAAUGAAGUUAAUCCACAUGUGGAGAAGAGUAAAAGGCUUAUGGAAAGAAAAAUAAAAAUAAUUUUUUUCAUUGACUUGGGCGUUUCCUAUACAUAUGCAAUAAAUAUGUCUUUGUAUUUGAUAAUUACAGAACCAGAGAACUCUUUUUCUUUCUCUUCUUCUCUCUUUCAAAAAACAAACCAAACUUCCUCAAGCAAAACACAUAGAUUAGCUAAGAACUGAGAGAGAUCGGAGAGAGAUGGGGAGAGCUCCAUGUUGUGACAAGGAAAAUGUGAAGAGAGGUCCAUGGUCUCCUGAAGAAGACGCAAAGCUUAAAGAUUACAUAGAGAAACAAGGAACUGGUGGGAAUUGGAUAACUCUCCCUCGCAAAGCUGGUUUAAGGAGAUGUGGGAAGAGUUGCAGACUGAGAUGGUUGAAUUAUUUGAGACCAAACAUAAGACAUGGAGAUUUCACUGAGGAAGAAGACAAUAUUAUCUGCAGCCUCUUUGCCUCCAUCGGAAGCAGGUGGUCAGUAAUAGCAGCUCACCUGCAUGGUAGAACUGAUAAUGACAUCAAGAACUAUUGGAACACUAAGCUUAAGAAGAAACUCAUUGCCACUAUGGCUCCUCCACGACAUCAUCAUCUCUCAGCCAUUGCUUCAUCAUCAUCAUCAUCACCAUCACCAUCAUCACACUACAACAUGAUCAAUAGUCUUCUUCCUUAUGACCCCUCAAUAUCUACAAACCAGCUGAUCACGCCUCAUCGGGGGAUGAUGACGAUGAUGGGCCGACAACAACAACUAUUAUACCAAGAAGACAUGGGCAGUUUGGUAAAUUCUCUAAACAGCAACAAGUUCGCAAUGAGCCAUCAAGACGAUAACCAGAAGCAAAGUACAAAUAAGGGAAUAAUGUUGUUGAGUGAUGUAAGAAGUGGGUCAAGUACAACAAGUACAGUAACAAGAGUGAAGAUGGAGCAUCAUGAUUAUCAUCAUGAAGAAACUGAGAGAUCAAUGGAAGGUUAUGAAAUGGAUGAGAUAAAUCAUUUAAUAAGUAGUAGUUGUACGAGUAGUAGCAAUAGCUUGUGGUUUGAUGAAAGCAAAAGAGAGGAUAAGUUCAUGUUGUAUUAUUGAUCUCUCUCACCAACUUUGAUCCAAUCUCCAUAUUCUCUCCCUUUUUCUCAAAACUAAAAAUAAACUAUUAAAAAUUUGUUUUUCUAGUUUGAACAUGUUAUU